AUGGCCAAAGACAAAAAUAAGCCACGCAGGUACUUGUCACCAUAUAUCAUAUUCUGCCAGGAGUUUAGACCUAUUGUUAAGCAGGAGAAUCCCGAAGCGUCAUUCACAGAGAUUGGCUCACUUCUUGGAAAGCGCUGGCACACAAUCUCCCCGGAGCAGAAGGAUGUCUACCAGAAGAGAUCCGACGAGGAGAAAAAGAUAUACGAGCAAAAGAUGAAGGACUACCGAGAGUCCACCUCGGCUGCCGCUGCCGCCGCCCAACAACUACAACAACAACAACAACAGCAACAACAGCAACAACAACAACAACAGCAUCAACAACAUCAACAACAACAAAUACAACAACAUCAUCACCAUCAACAACAACAAAUACAUCAUUCACAUCAUCAACAACAAUCGCCAUUAUCGCCACCACCCAAGCAAGUGCACUACGUGCCGCAGCCAAUGCAUCUCUCGCACGGCCUGCCACCACCCGCACGCCAUGCAAUUGCCACACGCCAUGCAUCAUCUGCACAGCCACCAUCAACAGCAGCCACAGCAGCCGCCCAUGCUGCCCCAGAUGCUCCCGCAGUCCAUGCACCAUCCACAGACCAUGCACCAUCCGCAGUCCAUCCAUCCGCAGUCCAUUCAAUCAUGACUCACAAUUGGCACAUUGCCCUAGUCCUGCCUGCCUCUUUGCAUGCGCGCACUACUCCAUGGACUGCCUCUAGUCCAGUCCAAACAUGUUUCCAAGAGUCCAGUACAACGCGUUAA